AUGAACCUUUUCCCGUCUCCGAGCGAGCGAGGGAGAACUUUAUAUCAAAUUCCAACAUUGAAGGGGAGUUUUUUUUCACUGCUUGGGCUGUUGGAGAACGAGGUAAAGAAGAAGAAGAAGAAGAAGAAGAAGAAGAAGAAGAAGAAGAAGAAGAAGAAGAAGAAGAAGAAGAAGAAGAAGAAGAAGAAGAAGAAGAAGAAGAAGAAGAAGAAGAAGAAGAAGAAGAAGAAGAAGAAGAAGAAGAAGAAGAAGAAGAAGAAGAAGAAGAAGAAGAAGAAGAAGAAUGAGAAAUCAACAUGCCGCUGA